AUGGAGCCCCGGCUGUGGCGGAUCCUGGUUGCGGCCUUCGUUCUGGUGGCUUUUGCUGAGCUGCUGGAUGGAGCAGAAGGAGGAGAGGAACCCGGGCAGACCCAGGGCGGCCACAGCGUGGGGAGCCCGCCGACCCGUCGGAUGAUCCGGACCACCCAGCACCAGCGGAAGCUCUGGAGACCCUACCGGCUCGGCAGCCUCUCGGCUCUCAGCCGAGGACUGAUGAAGAUCGUGCUUCCGGAAUCUUCCCUGCGGCGGAGCGAAGAAGAGAGAAUUGUGGGGGCGACACCGCAACGUAAUUGUGGGAAACGGGGGUCCGCUGGCCUGAUGGGUCUGGGGGUCCCUACCUGGCCGAGAAUCGUUUCCUUCCUGGCGCAGGUGACCUUCGAGGAUGUGGCCAUUUAUUUCUCCCGGGAGGAAUGGGAAGAAUUAAGUGAAGGGCAACGGGAGCUGUACCAAGCUGUGAUGAUGGAGAAUUACGAGGCAGUUCUUUCCUUGGGUAAGAACGACUUCAUUGCUCAGGUGCUGGAGGGAAGAGGAUGGCGGUCCAGCCUGUGCUUGAAUACUUCCCGGAACCAGGAGCUCAUCACCUUUGGGAUAGGCCUCCUGUCUGUCACGCCGCAGAUUAUCAACCAGAUCGAACGCAAGGAGGCCGUUGUUACGGGAGAAUUGUGGCAGCCGUGUGAAUGGACAGAUCCACAAGCAGAAGAUGGUAUCGCGAUGGUGGACGUAGGUGAGGGCAGAGUGGAGACUGGGUCCCCUGUGAUGCCCCCGGGGAAGAGGAAGAAAGGCCGCCCCCGGACCGCCAACCCGGUACCCAAACCCGAAAGCAAAGGUCCUCCACGGGUGACGCUGAAGAUGAACCCGCCAAAGUGCCCCGAAUGCGGUAAAAGCUUCUUCAGCAACGUGGCCAUGACCAUCCACAUCCGGACGCACACCGGAGAACGCCCGUUCAAGUGCCACCUCUGCCCCAAGGCCUUCCCCUCCCGGGGGGACCUCAAGCGGCACAUCAAGACCCACCUGCGCAGGAAGCCGCCCCCGCCGGUCGUGGCCCGCAGCGGCUCCUCGAAAAAGAGCUUGGCAGCCAAGAUGCAGCUGCAGUGUCACCUGCGCUGCCUGCCCGAUCCGAAGAAACCCUACAGCUGCGUGGAGUGCGGGAAAAGCUUCAACAAGAAGCAGAGCCUGCGCAAACACCAGGGGACGCACUCGACGGAGAGGCCCUUCGCCUGCCUGGAGUGCGGGCGCAGCUUCCGGCUUAAGCAGAUCCUGGUGGCGCACAUGGCCUCGCACAUCAAGGAGCGCCCCUUCCCCUGCGAACAGUGCGGGAAGUGCUUCGCCCAGGAACGCAAUGUGCGCAGCCACCAGAGGGUCCACACCGGCGAGAAACCCUUCCUGUGCAUGGCGUGCGGGAAGCGCUUUGGCUACAAGCAGCAUCUGGUCAAGCACCUACGCUUCCACACUGGCGAGCGGCCAUACCGAUGCCCCGAGUGUGGGAAGACCUUCCGGGAUAAGACCACGCUGAACAUCCACUACCGCAUGCACACCGGCGAGCGGCCGUACCGCUGCCCUUUCUGCAGCAAGACCUGUCGGCAGAAGCAGCACCUCAACAGUCACCUGAAGGUCCACCGCGGGGAGACGCUGCCCCUGGGGGACACCACCGGGCUCACCCUGCAAAGGGUGCGUGCCAAGGAGAAGCCGUACGAGUGUCCGCAGUGCCAGAAGCGCUUCCGGAACAAGAAAAUCAUGUUGGUGCACCAGAAGAUGCACAAAGACGAAGUGCCGCGAAGUGCCCCACUGCAGAGCAAGAGGGGUCUACUUGUGGCAGAUAGAAAGGCCCCCAGGGCAGGCCAAGGGGCAGGGAGGAAGAGGAAGCAUGCGGGGCUCACUUCAGGGAUGGUGUCCGCCCAGCCGGAGAUGGCUCCCAUCGCCUGCGCCGACUGCGGGAGGCGAUUCACGCAGAGGAAGUACCUGACGCUGCAUCAGAGGAGCCACAGCUCCGUGAUUGUGAAAAACUUAGUGGCCAUCCCCGUGGUGUUCCUCCAUAAAUAA